ACAUAACCCAGUCUAAGAAACUUUCAAUCAUGAAGUACCUUUUACAAAAAAAAAAAUAAUAAUUUUUUAAAAACUAUUUAAAGAUUAGAAUUUGGUGCCACCUUCAAGAUCCUGAUGCAAGUGUAUAAAAACCCAUACAGAAAAUACAGAGAGGCAAAGCUGAAUGUAAAGUGAACUAGAGUUAAAUAAAACGUUCUGUGACGUGUUCAGGGAGGCAUUAGGAGUCCCUGAGGGGAGCAAACUCUCUGUUUCACUAAAUCCAAAAUCCAUUCAUAGCCUAAAAGAUCAAUUCAACAUUAAAGCCUACAGAGCCAGAGAUAUUUUUUAACAAACAUGAAGAAAUAGUGAGAGAUUAGUGUAAUAGCCUGUUUUUUUCUCCUGACCAAACACCCACUCUUGCAGGAAAUAAAAUUAUCACCAUUCAAUCUAGAAAAUAUUGGCCUAAAAAGUAAGACGGAAGUGGAGGAUAUCAGACAUCCUGUGGUAAGACAUUAUCAAAAUGACUCAAAGCAUGUUUUUGGACCUGACAGUAAGAAACUCAGCAUUAUCAAAUAGAUGUGUGUGUGUUUGUAGAGUGUUAUGAGAAGUGGUGAGCAUUCGUUGGAACAGAGAAAUUCAUGACCAAAUAAGGUGAGCAAACAUGACUAAUAGGAAUAAUGUAAUAGGCAACAUGCAAAAAUAGUCAGAUGAAAUAAUUAUUCAUUCAGUCAGGUAUAUAUUAAUUAAUUAACAUUAAUUAAAAAGUAAAUAUUACCAUUUAAUAAAAUAACUGGUAAUCAUUUCAUAUACAGUAUAAACAGGAUAUAAUGAGUUAUGUAGAAUUUAAGUAAAUGCUUUUUAAACCCAACUAACUUUAGGAAGUACAGAAGUGCAGCAAGUCAGACUAAUUCUUCUGUUAUUAUUAUUAUUCUAAGUUCAGGUAAAAAUGAGAGAUCAUUAGUAAGAUGUCAGCAUUAAAAUGUAGCAAGGUUUCAGUAGGCAAGUUGAGUAACAUUGUAAGAUAUGAAAAUAAAAUGUUUCAAGUGGGGUGGAAACUAAUGUCAUGCACUGCAAUAAUUUAUCAUAAUGCUAUUACUCUGUGGAGGAGCCAUAUACAGAGUUUAAUGCACUAAUCAACAAUUGUCUCACUAUAUGUUUUAUGACAUGCAACUUUCUGUUGCUAUGUAAGCUACAAGAUGAAUGUGUGCUUGUCUGACUGUUCACUAUUUGUUCAGAUUUCACCUUUUAAACUCUCAGCACCCAUCAGCGAGUCCAGACUCACCGUCGGAUUAGUUUCAAUGCAGUUACUGAAUAACGUGAAUAACUGAAUAAUAGCAUGUUAGAAUGUUAAACUGGACUUUAACAUUCGCAGGCAUGUGGACUGUGAGACCCUACAGUCUCUCUUUUUAAUUUCCAGGAUUGGAGUCAGACCCUGAUGCAUUUGUAAGAGAAAUUGGCUUAAAAAACCUGCAGAAAUAUAUUUAUUAUGCACAUUUCUGUCAACAGUGGCAGACUGAAAAACAAAGGUUUGAUUUCUAGAUUGUAUUAUUUACCCAAAUGAUUGGGGCGGUAUAUACCGGGAUUGGUGUAUAAUGAAUUCUGAGUGGAAAAACACAUCUGCUCAAUAUUAUUCCGAUGAUUACUAUAUAGUUGACAAGCAUUGCUUAUCAUACAAGAAAUUUCUGUUGCUGUGCACCAUUGAUAGAUCUCUUCCUUAUCUUAGCGAUAGCUGGAAACUGAAAAUGUGUAGAAAACACUUCAUGUUCUGAAAAACGAGACCGGUAGCAUUUGUUGGAGAGUUGUUAUACGAGGUAAUACACUAUCAACACACUGUUGAAACACAAUGUUUAAAGCUAACUGUGAUAAAACCACCAUUUUAAUAGGCAUCUGCUCAAUAUAACUGGCAUUCAAGUACUCUACACACUCUAAAAUUCCUAAGGGGUCCUUUGGUUUUUCCUUCUGGAGAUACAUGUAAGGGUUCUAUGAAGAACCUUAAAAGUGUUUUCUGUUUGAGGGAAUUCUAUGUACAAACUGUUUCUAAUAUAUUUUAGGGACUUUAAUACUUAAAUAUGAAACCUCAGCAAGAAUCCACCUUAUUUAGUUUUAAGCUACUAAAUACCCAGUUUGCUGUGAUUACAGUGGCUUAAUAUGAAGUUACGGGAACACAGAAGGAUGUCACUUUCCUUUGGGUUUCCAGUACUGGAAGCACCAAGAAAGAGUCUGUUAGGGCCUGAAUAUUGUAAUUGUACUAAACUACUAAGUAAAGAGCAACACCAUGGGCUGUGCUGUUAGGAGAAACUAAUCCAUGCUGAGUUGGUGUGAACCCCGAAGUGGAUUAUUUUCCUUUUAGAGCAAGCCCUGAAAUUUUUUUAUUCUUCUUAAAUCAUGGCCAUUUGCCAAUUUUUGAUUUAUUAAUAAACAAUACUUCUUAACCAUUUGUAGCUAAAUGUAAUGUCAUGGAGCCUCCACAAAACAAGUUCCUGUUCUCAUUUGUGUUAGCAGCUAUAAACGUUUACUCAUUUACUCACAAACCACCAUCUUUUCUGUCUCUUUUUUUAAAAAACUGUUUUUAACUGUUUUUUUUUUUAUUAGCUUCCACUAUACAAGUCCUUGUGAACUAGAUGUUAUCUAGAAACAAUAAUGUAUUCGAAUGUGCACAUUAAAAUAAACCUAUCGUUUAUGUUACAGGUGGAGCUAUCAGACCUGUUAUAAAUAAAUUUCAUUUUAUACACUGAAAGUAAGUGGUGCAGCAGGUAGUGUUGGUGCCUCACAGCUCUAGAUUAGAUCAUAUAAACUCAGGCUACUGUGUGUGUGAAGUUUCGCAAGUUCCUCCCGUGUCUCCUCGGGGUUCUUUGGUUUUUCUUUGUUGUACAUGUGAUGUCCUGUGAUAGACUGGAGUCCCACUCAGUGUACAUUCCUGUUCAAAUUCAAUAAAAAAGAAUUGGGAAAACCUGCAAGUUAGUUUUCAGCACUGCAGCAACUGAGACUGUGUCUGGCCCAGCAGUGCUGCAAUACUGUGCGUACUGUAUUUACUGUAUGUAACUCAGAGCUAAUACAGGGCAAUACUGUUGCCCUGGUGAGGAAAUCAGGGAGGAAGUGACAAGAUCUCACUGAGUGCAUGUGUACAUUUUUGCAGAUGACACAGCUAAGGGUGAUUAUUUGCUUCCUGGCUAAACUUGUCAUGGCCUCUGCAUCGAGGAAUUACUCAGCCCAGUGUGAAAGCACUCCGGAUGUAACCACUAUCCAUGUGAUACAGGGAGAGGCACUGCGUCAUCUCUGCCCCAAUUCAGACUGCAAUAGCGUGAUGAACGAUUCGCUGAUAUUUUGGUUCAAAAAUGGAAGUGAUGGAAUCCAGCCAAUCACAAUGGAGGAAAAUGAGCGGGUCCAUUACCAUGGUGCUGCCUUAUACUUCCUGCCUCUAAGUCUGAAUGACACAGGCCUUUACAUCACACAAUGGUGGUAUAAUGUGUCUGAAUGUGAUGAGUUUGAAACUGAAAUUGUGGUCUAUGAGACAUUUCACAAAGAUCAACUGUACAAAAACUUCUCAGAGCAAAUAAGCAUUCUGAAGCUUGACUGUCCAGUGUGGCAAAACAUCGGAGAAACCAUCACCUGGUACAAGGAUUUCCGUCUGAUCCCUAACAAGUCUGAAGACAUACUUCAAGUUUACCUCCUUGCAAAAGAUGCUCAAGGAAUCUACACCUGUGUGUGCACGUGGGAGCAUCACGGUCAACUUUACAACUCCAGUGGAUCCUACCAGCUUCAAAGAAAAGAACAUGAAGUGCCUUUUCCUCCAACCUUUCAAUGUCCCAUCAACAACUCUGUGAAUUUUGUGGACCUGGGGAUGGAGGUGAAGCUGAACUGCCUGGUGUUCUUUGGUCUCAAUAUAAGGGAUGGUGGGAGAAUUGUUUACUGGAUGAGAAACAACAGCAGAGUGAAAUCGUACAAUAGGGUGGAAAAUGGGAGAAUACAGUCAAAUUUGACGAUUAGUCAGGUUUCGGAGAAAGACCUCCAAUAUGAAUAUUGUUGCAUAGCCAUAAGCCCAUAUAAAUGGGACUUUGUAUGCAUCACUCUCAAGACCAGAAAAUCCCUGCGCCCAGUGGUUACGACGUUUUCAUGCACGGUCCUGUUCCUUCUGCUGGCUGCUGGGAUGGUGAAGUGGGUCACUGUGGAUCUGGCCUUGUUUUUCAGAAGCUUCAGAAUAAUGCAGAGUAAAAGAGAUGAUGGCAAAGUAUAUGAUGCAUAUGUGAUCUACCAGAAGGAUAACACAGAUGAGAAAACAGGAAGGAAAGUUGCUCACUUUGUCAACCAAGUUUUGCCAGCUGUACUGGAGGAUGCCUGCGGCUUUAAACUCUACAUUCAUGAGAGAGACAACCUACCUGGUGAAGAUUACACUGAGCUUGUUGAGACGAGAAUGCAGCUGAGCCGCAGGCUCAUAGCUGUGCUGCCUCCAAAAGUCAGUCAACAUCAAGGGCUCACACCCUCACUCUGUUAUGACUGGCAUGUGGGGCUGCACCGGGUGCUGGUCGAUCAGGAGCUGAGAGUGAUUCUGAUUCAACUGGGAGAUAUGAAGGAGUAUUCCCAUCUGCCCCUGGGGCUGCAGCAUCUCCUCCAGCAGACUCCACCCCUAAGGUGGGAUGAGGCGAGUGGCCAAGCGACUUGCCCCAACUCCAGGUUCUGGAAGCAGGUGCGCUACAUGAUGCCUGUUCCUCCAAUCUCCAGCUCUCGUGGUGUUGACUUGUAA